AUUUGUUUUUUCUUUGUUGAACCAAAAAGAGGCGGAAGAAAAAGUUUUUUAUAAAUCCACAGAAAAAACUCUUUCCUCAAAUUUAAGAAAGAAAUGGCAGCUAAGAAAAUCCACGUGUCUUUUGGUGAAACGCCAGAGAGAGUGCUAAUCACGAGAUUCUGGUCUUCGUUCACCUCACCUCACCUUCGCCUCUCACUCACAAAUCUCCUAUUUCUCUCUCUCUCUCUCUCUCUCUCUUGGUUGUGUUCACGUCGUUCAUCCAUUUACUCAUCUUCUCUUCUUCUAUAAUUUCUAUAAAUUCCACAAUCACUAUGCAACCAGCUGUUACUUUCCUCCCUUAAAUUCCUUUACCAAAUUCUUGUUUUUUUUUGCCUUCCCUUUUGACUUUUUACUUCAAGAUUCCGAUGGAAAAAUGUCGUUUGCUUCUCUUUCUAACCGUGAUUUCUUCCGUUUUCCGACUUCUCCAUGCUACCUCCGGCGAUGCUGAUCCGAUUUACAUAGCAUGUGUUGGUCACUGCAAGGAGACUGGAUGUGUGGGGGAAAAAUGCUUUCAACAUUGUAAUUUUUCUUCUGGGAAAAAUCCAAAUCCAAUUGAUGGUCCAUGGUACCUGCAGGAACCACUUUACCUGAGAUGGAAACAGUGGGACUGCCUUAGUGAUUGUCGAUAUCACUGUACGCUUGCCAGGGAAGAAGAAAGGCAGAAACUUGGUCUUAAGCCUAUCAAAUAUCAUGGGAAAUGGCCAUUCCAUCGUGUUUAUGGGAUCCAGGAACCUGUUUCCGUGGCACUCUCUGCCCUUAACCUUGCUAUACAAUUCCAUGGAUGGGUAUCCUUUUUUAUUCUAGUGAACUACAAGCUACCUUUUGGCCCAAACAAGAAGCCAUAUUAUGAAUACACUGGCUUGUGGCAUAUUUACGCUAUUUUAUCAAUGAACUCCUGGAUCUGGAGUGCUGUUUCCCAUAGUAGAGAUGUGGAAUUAUCCGAGAAGCUGGAUUAUUCGUCUGUGGUUGCAUUAAUUGGGUAUUCUCUUCUUGUUGCUAUAUUGCGAACCUUCAAUGUGAGGCAUGAGUCGUCAAGGGUAAUGGUUGCUGCUCCCAUUGUUGCGUUUGUGACAACCCAUAUCUUGUAUCUGAACUUUUAUCAACUCGACGAUGGAUUAAACACCAAAGUCUGUGUUGCUAUGACCAUGCUACAGUUUAUUUUAUGGGCAGUCUGGGCAGGUUUUACUCGCCACCCAUCACGCUGGAAGUUGUGGCUUGUGGUGGCUGGUGGAGUCCUUUCUACACUCCUGAAGAUAUACGACUUUCCUCCCUAUAUGGGAUAUGUCGAUGCCGAUGCUUUAUGGCAUGCUAUCUCCAUUCCCCUAACCUACUUGUGGUGGAGUUUCGUAAGGGAUGACAGUGAAUUUGGAACGACAACUCUUAUCAAGAAAGCAAAGUAGAAUGAGAAGCAUGUUGUAAUUGGUAAAGGGUGUCCAAAGUAAUUUCCAUUCAGGUCUUUGUUAGUUUUUGGUUGGUUGCUCUUUUUUCUUGCAUGUAUGCGUUUCUUUGAAAUGCUUAGCUGCCAUGCGGGUUUCUGUUUUUCCAACUUCAGUAGGUCUAGUUCAGAUGCAUUUUUUGAUUCCCCCAUCGUUCCCCAAUGGUUUUGUAAAACAGAUCUGAAGUUGUACUAUACUUAUGUGAUAUGUCAGUUUGUAUUCUGCACAUUUAUUCAGGGAGAAGUUCUUAUUGUA